AUGCUCCUCCAAAUGCGCGGCCUCGCAGCCGCUCCUUCCCGCCCACUUGCCCACGCCCACGUCUCCGCCGCGCCGCCGGCCACCCUUCGCGGUCUCCGGCGCCGCCCUCUAUCUCGGCGACUCUCCAAGGUCGUGUCCUACUACGGCCUCACGACUCCGCCGUACAAAACUGAUGCUCUGGAACCUUACAUGAGCAAGAGGGUCGUCGAGCUUCACUGGGGCAAGCACCAGCAGGAUUACGUGGACGGCUUGAACAAGCAGCUCGACACCAGCCCCUUCUACGGCCACACUCUGGAGGAUAUGGUCAAGGAGGCCUACAACAACGGCAACCCACUGCCGGAGUACAACAAUGCUGCACAGGUUUGGAACCACCACUUCUUCUGGGAAUCAAUGCAACCGGAAGGCGGUGGCUCGCCUGAGGCUGGUGUGCUGCAGCAGAUUGAGAAGGAUUUCGGCUCGUUUGCUAAUUUCAGGGAAGAGUUCAUGCUCUCGGCGUUAUCCCUACUGGGUUCUGGAUGGGUUUGGCUCGUCUUGAAGAGAAACGAGAGGAAACUCUCGGUAGUUAACACACGAAAUGCCAUCAACCCACUUGCUUUUGGAGACAUCCCAAUCAUCAGCCUUGACUUGUGGGAGCAUGCUUACUACUUAGAUUACAAGGAUGACAGGCGAGCAUACGUGUCAAACUUCAUGGACCAUCUUGUCUCUUGGCAUACUGUCACUCUACGCAUGAUGCGUGCAGAGGCUUUUGUGAACCUCGGUGAACCAAAUAUCCCAGUGGCAUGAGAUGAUAUGGAUAUGACAUGGAGCUGUCUCUGCAUAUGUUG